AUGGGCCUGCAAGAUCUCGCUCCAGCAAACACACAGAGGGCACAGAAGACAGCGAUCAAUGCGUUUGAGCGUUUCCUUGCGUCAGAGGACGUUAACAUGGGCUUCAUCGCUGCGUGCCUUCUCAACGACAAGAACGGGUCUGCGUGUGUGAAGCUCAUGGAUCGCUUUGCCGUAUACCUGGCUUUUGUGGACGGCAGAGCUGAGAAACCGCUCGCGCGAAACUCGGUCAUGAGCUACUACCGCCACCGCUAUUGCCUGAAACGAAGCGAGGGAGGGACGGUCAAGAUAGCGCCGACCUGCACCAAGGAGGACCUGCGAAUCCUUAUGGACGGAAUCUACUAUGACGCGGCAAGUUCUAAGGACUACCAGGACGCUGCAUUGCUUGCGCUGAUGUGGUACACGUUUGGAAGGGCUUCAAACCUCGGUUUUGUGGCUAAGAGUAGCUUGUCCGUCAGCUCCGACGGUGUCAUUUUCGUCCGGCUGAUACGUGUGAAGACCUCAGAAGAGCAAGGUCUCUUCAUAUUCCCGGAGAAGGACAGCUUUAUUACCUGCCCUCUGCACGCUGUAGCGAUGGCACUCGUGAUGCAAGAUUUCCCAUCGUCUCAGGUCCUGGAGCAUCCUCAGCUGUUUGAUGGUAGCGCCGAGAAUUUGGCUGCUCCUCCAGACGACGUACCGCUAGUUGAGGCUCUGGCCUGCUGCUCUCUUAGUGAUGCAUGCUGCAUCGAAAGCACAGGCAAGAGCUAA